AUGGCACCUCCAGCCCCCGGCUGCAGGCUGUUCCCACAUCCCGGCGUCCAUCCUGCUCGCAAACAUCCCCCGGCAGUUCAAACAAGGGCGGUGUAUGCGGGUGAGCACCAGGCUAUAAAGGGCAGCUCCCCUCCUCUCCCGUCCCAGUGACUCGCCACAAGCCGCUAUUCUUCACCAUCCGGACAACAGGGAGCAAGGACGAUGGCGGCUGCGGCCAGACUCGCCCUCCUGCUGCUGGGCUGCGCGGGGCUCCUGCGGCCGGUCGGCGGCAGGUACAUAGGCUACUGCCCCGACGGCUGGUCCUACUACCUGCUCAGCUGCUUCAAAUACUUCCCCGAGUCCCGGAGCUGGGACGAGGCUGAGAGUCGGUGCCAGGACGUCGAGAAAGGCGCCCACCUGGCGUGGGUGGAGAAUGCCCACGAGGCAGCCACCAUGCGGAGAAUCAUCUCCUACUACCAGAGUGUGCAGCCCGUCUGGAUUGGACUGCAAAAGAGCAAAGAGAGCCAGUCCUGGCAGUGGACGAGUGGGAAGGAGUACAGUGCCACCAGUGAGGUGCCCGGGAACGGUGCCCGCGGGGGGAGCUGCGCCGCGCUGACACAUCACAGCGAUUUUGCCGUGUGGUCCAGCGCCGACUGCUCCCAGCAGCAUCACUUCAUCUGCAAGUUCAACCCCUUGCACUGA